AUGUCUUACGUCCCAAGGCCAUAUGGAACUCGUGGAGUGGGGUAUCGGUCAGCACGACCAUUUUAUGCACCAAGAGCUCCCUAUACUCGGCCCUAUUACGGCCGACCUAUUGGUCCUAUGGCUCCAGGAAUGGGAGCAGGAGUCGGAUCAGCGGCUGGAUCAGGUGCACUUGCUGGGACAUUGGGAGCCUUAGGUGGUACACUUGGUUGUCUGUUGUGUUUAGCUGCUAUUGGAGCACUUGGUUUAUUUGCAACUGUUAUAGCAAUAACAGCCUAUGCAAAAAAACUUCUUGACGAAUAUAAAAUAGUUAACAAUCUAGACCAGAACAAUAACAAUGGGGUACCAAAAUUAAAUGUUGGAAUCAAUGUUUUGUUAGUAGCAUCAUUCUUUUACAUCUUUGUUCGUCGAAUGAUGCACAGUGUCUAA